AUGGCGUCAGUCAACCAGAUGGGCGAGGGCACACUGCCGAGCAUCACGGAGUUGUUCUCACUUCACGGGAAAACAGCUAUCUGCACGGGCGGCACGGGGGGUCUGGGGCUUUCAAUGGCGAUUGCGCUCGCCGAGGCAGGCGCGGAUAUCGUCUCGAUCCAGAUCAAGGAUGACCCGAGGGCAUCGCUACUAGAGGAGGGGGUCAAGGCUUGUGGGCGAAGUUUGAAAGUGUUUGAGACAGACGUCGCAGACUCACCGGCGUUGAGGGCUUGCUUCGCGAAGAUCUGGGAGAGCGGUGUCACCCCCGAUAUCUUGCUGAAUUGCGCGGGCAUAAACAGGAGAGCAAAGGUCGAGGACUUUACGGAUGAGAAUAUCGAUGCGGUAUUCUCAAUCAAUCUCAAAGCGUCAUUCGUGGCGGCUCAGGAGGUCGGGAAGCGACUGCUUGAGCUGAAGCGGCCGGGGAAGAUAAUCAACAUUGCGUCCAUCAUUUCUUUCAUUGGUAACAUCAAUAUCGCUGCGUACGCAUGCACGAAAGGAGGUGUGCUGCAAAUGACAAAGGCCAUGAGUAAUGAAUGGGCAUCCAAAGGUAUCAAUGUAAAUUGCAUUUGCCCCGGGUACAUCAAGACGGCCAUGACCAAGGUCUAUACCGAUGACCCGGCAUAUUCGGAGUAUAUCAUCGGUCGCACACCAGCUGGUCGUUGGGGCUUGCCGGAGGACUUCCGUGGGGCGAUCAUCUUCCUCGCCAGCAGAGCCAGUGAUUUUGUGUGUGGGACAAGCAUAGUCGUAGAUGGUGGCUUGAUUGCGAAGUGA